UGGAUCGACGUUGAGCACCAGUUUGCGCCAGGCGCUUCAUCGUGUGGGUUCUUUGUGUUAUUUUUUUUGUUUGCCAAUGCUGUGUUCUGUGUCACGAUCAUUACGGAUGCAUAUUUGCUUUAAACUAGUACUGUUGAAUGCCACGUGCUUAAACAAUGUUUAUAUCCACUGGGUGACAUCUCUUUAAUACAGAAAUUGAUAAAAUGGUGCGUGCUCGUGGCUGUCUAUUUACGCUCUGUCUAGGUCUCUAGCGCGAAGGUUGUAACAGUGCGCGUUCACAAGACAGCGUAUAUUUCGUGCUUGAAAGCGCCAAUCGAGAGGAAGCGGAGCGACAUCUUUUAUUGUCGACCAUGAAUUAACCGCGAUACGGGAUAUAUCGGUACACCGGACAGUAUAUAUGUGUGCUGUUAAUUGGCUCGUACGUACGUAUGCAAGUUGUUAGGCGGAAAAGAGUUUAUGGUAUUAUUUGGUGUGAAUCGUCACGAGGAGUGAUUACAUUCAUAAGGCGCCGCAUUGAAUGGCACCCGAUUUCGAAAAGAAGAGGGACCUGAGGAGGGCUGGUGCGGGGAUCGGUCCUGGGUUUGGUGCCCUAGCUGGUGCUGGAGGGAUGCUUUUAUUAAGGUGCUCCGGCAACCCCUUCCCCGAUUACUACAGAUACGGUAGCACUGCAGGUGGCACGUUGUCUGCGGUAACAGGAACUAUCGCAGGAGCUUCUUUACUGUCCGGCAGUCGAACGCAUUCGAACAGGAGGAUCAAUCGUUCUCGUCAGCAACAGGCGCAGCAAGUGCAGCCACAACAGCAACACAGAAUUCCGUUGGCCUCCUUGAGGCAAGGCGCCGCUGGCCGAAAUUCGGAUGAGAUCGGGCGCAGGGCCUCUUCGGGCCAAGAGGUCUGCGACAACUCUAACGACUCUGGUCUCGGAUUCGAGGAGCGACAGCAGCACUUCGGGAACGCAGCCUGGAACGGCGCUGGGGAGGACGAGUUCAAGAGGAGGAGAAUGGACAUCAAACUCGAAUCUGAGGACGCGAACUUCGCGUUCCCGGAGGCUGCUCACACUGUGAACGAGAGCAAGAGUCUUGGCAGUACGAGAAAUACGAGCAACGGUAUUGGCACAACAAUAUCAAGGGCUGGCGCAGGUGCUGGCGCUGUAGGAAGGGUCGUUGGGAUCACUCGACCUCGUCCAGCAAUUGGAGUUCUCAGCAAAAGGCCAUCCCCGGCUCAUCAAGGUCCAGUCACUCUUACAUCGCAGCUUUGUAGCGUGUCUAGGGACGGCAAGACCCAACUACAGAUCAUAUGCCAACCGGAGCAACAGCACAGAGCACGAUACCAGACUGAGGGUUCACGCGGUGCAGUCAAGGACCGGACCGGCAAUGGAUUUCCAAUAGUGCGCCUCGUCGGUUAUGAUAAACCUGCUACGCUUCAGGUUUUCAUUGGUACAGAUUUGGGACGAGUAGCGCCGCAUAUGUUCUAUCAGGCAUGUCGUGUCAGUGGAAAGAAUUCGACGCCGUGCAUCGAGCGCAAGGUCGACGGUACCAUCGUCAUCGAGGUCGACAUGGACCCUGCUAAGGAUAUGCUCGUGACCUGCGACUGCGUUGGUAUUUUAAAGGAACGUAACGUCGACGUUGAACAUAGAUUCCCGCAGGAAGCUGGAAUCCUUCAGGGACGAAGCAAGAAGAAGUCCACGCGUUGUCGUAUGGUAUUUCGUACUACCAUUACGCACUCCGAUGGUACUACUGAGACUCUGCAGGUGUGCUCGCAGCCGAUUGUCUGUACUCAACCGCCAGGGAUUCCCGAAAUCUGUAAGAAGUCUUUAACGUCCUGUCCGUGUACGGGGGGACUGGAACUGUUUAUCCUUGGAAAGAAUUUUCUCAAGGACACUCGAGUGGUCUUUCAGCUGGAUAACGAGGACUUGUCCAGUUUGGAACCACACUGGGAGUGUGCUGUACUGCCGGAUAAGGAAUUCCUUCAACAGACUCACCUAGUGUGUGUAGUUCCUCCGUACAGAAGGCAGGAUUUGGCUCCCUCCGAAACGGUCAGUGUUAAAUUGUACGCUGUAUCGUCCGGUAAGACGAGUGAGCCGCACACGUUUCUCUACACAGCAGCGUCCACACCGCCAGAACCUUCAGUUGGCAAGGUCGAAUCAGCUACGCCGGCUCUAAUGGCAACGACUAACGAUACAGCGCUGACUACGUCCUCUGCUACGGUACCACUUCCUGGUGUAACUUCGAACGCUCUGAUACCACAAGCCGUCGCAGGGACUACAAAUUUCCUAACUAGCAUUCAGCAGCAGCACCAACAACAGCAACAGGCCUCCGAGAAUCUUAAAAAUGAUCCAAGUCCACCACCUGCCGCGCCCACGUCGCAAGUUACUCCUGUGAUGAUGUGGGCAUCUCAGUCUGCUAAUUGUCAAAGUCCUUCAGCGGAUGUAAUGAUGCCGCCACCAUCGUUAGUUGCGAAUCCUUUGUUGAACAGACGGUCUUCCUCAAACCUGCAAUUGAUCCUACCGGAUAAUCUGAAGACUGAAGUGCUUGAUGAGAACAGUCAGAACAGUAUCUUGAGUGACAGCAGUAUGCAGGGUCUUCCUACCCCAACAACUAACGGACCAGCUGGCUCAAGCCCUCUACAAUUGGUAGGUGAAAAUUCGAGAGAGGCCACGUCGAAUAUGAUCGGUGCUGUUCCGGUCGCAGCUAAUGGUUCACCAACUCAGGACACUAAUCUUCUCGGCGUGGUAGAUCUUAUUCGAAAUCCGCAUCCUUUAACUUUGGCGUCUUCACAUCAGGGAUCAUUUGGUGGUAUGCACGAAACGACGCAGGUCAAGGUUCUCAGUCCUCAUCAUAUAAAUAAGGACACUAACGCCGUACUGCCGAGCGAAGGUGGCCCAGGAAGUCUUCAAGGUGCCGAAAUAGUAGAUCUUCGCAUGAAGCACCACCAGUCAGAAUUCAACGCCGCCCUGUCGGACUUCACCUCCACACCCGUUGGUCAGAGCCUACCCAAUCAAAGUGGUCACAGUAUCGAGAAGUAUCUCAAUCAUAUUGAAUCAAACGUACCGUCAUCCAAGGAUACAGAGAACCAGGACAGUACGUUCGUGAGUGGGAUGCAGCAGAGAGCAUCCAUAAUCUCUACUGGUCGCCAGCAAUCACAGACUCCUAAUAUCCUUUCCCCAAAUCAGGCUACAGUAAAACUGGAUGCCCUGGUGAAUUCUGCUGCCGAGAGCCAUCAAGUCGUCUCGCCGAUUCAAACUAACACAACGAGUCCCAAUGGAAUGUUGGGCCAUGUAUCACCGGUUGCAGAAUCUUGUCAUCGAUCUCAACAUGAAACAAUAUCAAGUCCUCAACAGACUACUAGAACCAGUCCUCCGAUUCCGGUGAAGACUAUGCUAUUGGAAGCUCUAAUGUCCACCCCUGCUGGUCAACCCUUAUCAGGGGUCAAUACCACAGCAACUACAACCACAACGACAGGGUCAUCCGAACAGACCGCUAAUGAGAACUUAUUAACCACGAUCAAUGCUGCACUACUUCCGCCGAUGCAAGAACCUCCGGUAGUGACAGCAGCAGGGACACCAACGCCACCAGUCAGUGUAUCAGCACACAAUCCACUUCAAGUCAGCAGUGAGCCAAUCUCAAGAUCCACGGAGCACAUGCAAAUUCAGCAGGCACUCACGCAGCAAGACGUUGUGAUGCAGCAACAGGUGCAACAAGUUGUGGUGGAGCAAGUGGUCGCGCAGGCGCAGCAGCAGGUCGAACAAGUUGUUGCCCAGGCGCAACAGCAAGCCGUGCAGGCUGUACAACAAGCCCAGCAACAGGUAGUACAGCAGGUUGUACAGCAUGCUCAAGUAGUACAACAAGCCGUGCAGCAAGUUCAAGCAGUGCAGCAGGUGCAAGCGCGUGCGGUACAGCAGGCGGUACAGCAAGCAACACAAGAAGUUGUUCAGCAAGCUGUUCAACAAGCAACUCAAGAAGUGGUUCAGCAAGUUCAAGCGGUUCAACAGGCAGUUCAACAGGCGCAGGCAGCUCAGGCAAUGCAACAGGCCGUGCAACAAGAUAUCGGCUCGAUGCUGAAUCAACCUGCAGGAUUCGUAGCGGAAGCUAGUUCCGCUCUAGCAAGCGGUGCUGCGCAGGAACCGUCUCAGCAGAGACUGACUACGGCAGCCGAGCAGGCUAUCAAUUCGGUGAUUACAAAUGCCACUCAAGAUAUUAUAAAUAAUCGACCCAUAUCGGCAACAACGGCACACGCCAUAAUAGCUACGAAAAAUAUAUUAAAUUCCGUGGCUACCCAGAGUGCCCAACUUAUGAGCAACGCUAUGGAAGGAAUUCUUCCUAAGUCACCAUCUCAGACUCAAGGUAAUAUUGUAGAGCAAGUGACGAAUAAAUCUCCACCAGUGGCCUUGCCUGUGGCACCGACCAGACAGAAUGUUAGCCCAAGUAUACAGAAUCCAACAGCAACCUCGAAUGGUCCCCCUGCGAGGAAACCAGAGGACGCUGGUGGUAUGUUGCCCCAGGAAUUAACUUCUAUGUCGGAACAUGAUCUUUUGAGCUACAUCAAUCCGAGCUGCUUCGAUCCCCAAGGCGGCUUCCUUAUGUAGUAGUAGUGAUCACACAGUGAUCCGCCUCAUUUGGGGAAUGUGCCUGAACUGUUCUGGGUGUAGGAGAAUCCAAACCCAUCCAUCCAACGAUUAUCAUUAAUCUAAGGUUACUAUCAGUUCAAUGUAAAUAGCUUUUAUUCCACUGGUGUUAAUUCGAGGUGGUUAACAUGAUCGCAAGAUAAUGGAAAAGUAGGAAUAUAUCCCGUUGAAAUUAAAAUCUAUAAAAAGCAGUACGAGUAAAUUGAAGAAAAUAAAUCUUCAAGUUAUAUGGAAUUUUAUAGAUAGAAGAGAAAGGAAGGGCCGCCAAGAUUGGAGUCACAUCGGCACGCAGAUUUUCAUAAAACAGUGGAUAUAUAAGAGCACUCUACCCCUUAUAAACAAUAAGAGACACUACUACGGCUAAAGUGAGACGGGCGCGAAUGUGCGCGACAAUUAGAUAUUCUUACGUUUUUGUCUACGAGUAAAUAAAUUUAUUGGUAAUACAUUAAUUUAUCUUCUUUAGUGCCAGGGUAGACGGGUAUUUCUUACCCCGUGGAGAAUAUCUCGAGAAUUUAUUUCAUUUGACUUUUCUCUGUGAAACUGAAUUACUAUUGUUUUUCAGUUUUCUUGUUAUUUUUUCCGUUUAGUUUCUACGAAAUCAUUUUAUUUUAUUGUUUCUUUUUAUCUUAAUGUGCUUCAAUGUAACGCUUAACGAUGUACUGACCCCACUCAAAGGAAAAAUUGUACACGGUUUUACGGAGAGGGAGAGGGAGAGAAAAAUAGAGAGAGAGAAAGCGAGCGAGCGAGAGAGAGAGAGAGAGAGUGUGAGAGGGUGGGAGGGAGGGAGGGAGGGAGAAAGGAAGAGAAAAUAAAAAAGCCAUGGAAUUGAGUGUAGCCAAUUUAUUCUAAUUGUACAUUAAGGUAUGAUUCUGUAAAUUAUUAUUGAUAACUUUCUUUUGACUUGAUUUCAUUAAACGCAAUGAAUCAUUUUGUUGUUUGACUUUGUUUCUUAAGUUAAUUUAAGUUUUAAUUUGUAUCUUAUACAUUGUUUAAUAAUGAAUUUGUUGUUAAUUAUUACUGAUAUUACAGAGAAAUUAUGUGAUUAUGUUGAUGUUAUCAACUAUUAGUAGAGGAAUAAAAGAAAUGACAGAGAUUAUAUUAUAUGACGAGGAGAAUAGUAAAUGAAAGUAUAUAUCGUAAAAGAAAUAUUAAACAAAAAUAUAUAAAUAUAUUUUUUACGUUUACCCAAAGAAAACAAUACAUUUAAUAUAAAUGUAAAAGUGAGCUUACUAAAAAAAAAUCUUAUAGCGAGAUCCAUUCAAAUGCAUUUUCAACAUCGAAGGAGACAUCUCAAUAUUCCUGGCCCUUUUCAGUAAAGGCAAGGGUUGCUAAGCAUUAUUUCUACUACUAUUAUUACUAUUACUAUACUACUACUACUACUACUAAUCUACUACUAACUACUUCUAUUACUACUACUACUACAAUUAAGAGUAUAAAUACUCACCAAGGUUAUUAUCUAGUAGCAGAGACAGAUUUUAUAUGAAGAUAUUGAUAUAUCUAGUAUCAUGAGCUACGUUUAUAUAUAUUUUAUAUCUGUCAUAUGAGAAUAUUGUUAUGUCAACUCAAUGUAAUACACCAAACACAAAUGCAUGUGUAUAUUCUUAUAUUCCAUGUAUCACGGGCCAAUAGUGCAUAUAAUAUAUAAGGAACACAGAAUUAUCUACAAAUGUCCAAUGCUGUAUUACUAAAUAACAAAUUCAUUCAAACAAUAUUCUAUGUAUAUCAUAAAAAUAUCUAUGACACGUAUUCUACACAUUGCGCACAUCAUAGUAGUAUACAGAGCUUAUUUUUAAAAAAAAGUCUCAUAAACAUGUACUAUCAUCGUUACUUCCUAUGAGUUGAAUAAAUGUUUCACAGCAA